AUGUCACAACUUGAGCCACUUCCGGGACCAACAGUGCUGACAGACCUCAAACAGGAAGGAUCAUUCCAAGCUUCGGGCAAUAACAAGAGCUCUAGUUUUCUCUCCUCUGAUUCCCUCCAGAACCAUGUGAACAGUUGGCUUGCAAGAGCCCAAAAGAGUCUUGAGGAAAAAGACGUCGAUCAGUUUGUCGAUUUGUUUUCAGAUGAUGGUUACUGGAGGGAUAUCCUGACUAUCGAGCUUGACUUCAACUCAUUGGCCAAGGGAUCCAUCAAGCCUUAUCUCGACCAACACAAGCUUUCAUUACCGUCCCUGAAAAAUCUGAAGCUCGAUCGUCCAGAUCAACUCAAACAAACCGCAGAUGGACUCGUUCAAUCGUUCAUCAAGUUUGAAACAGAUCUUUACAGAGGCAAUGGAUUACUGAAGCUUUAUUCUAAGGACACCGGAAUACCAUCCUCUAGUCCAUCCAAAGCUUUGCUAUUCUUUACCCAAGUGUGGGAAGUCAAAGGACACGAAGAAAAUCUUCUUUUUCGUCGUCCCCUUGGAGUUCCAGAUGUGAGAUCGAGCGAGCAGAGGCCGCUGAACUGGCUGGAAGAACGCGUCCGAAGCUCGGAACGAUACAAACAGGGGGUUGAUCCUACGGUUUUGAUCAUCGGUGGGGGUCAGAAUGGCUUGAGCCUGGCGGCCCGGUUAAAGGUGCUCGGAAUCGAUUCGUUGGUUGUCGAGAAAAGCGUGCGAUUGGGCGACUGUUGGAGGUCGCGGUAUCAUUCGCUCUGCUUGCACGAUCCGGUGUGGGCGGACCACUUGGCUUACAUGCCUUAUCCUUCGACGUGGCCAGUCUAUACACCCAAGGAUAAACUGGCCAACUGGUUCGAGCAUUACGCCGAGAGCAUGGAGCUAGAUGUCUGGCUCCAAGCCAGGCUAGUUCCGGGUGCCGAGUACGACACCGAGGAUGGACGCUGGACGGUGGAUAUCGAGCUGUCCGGCGGAGAGGGAAGAUCAGCAAGGACCAUCAGGCUCCACCCGCGCUACCUAGUCCUGGCCACCGGCCUCAAUGGCGCGCCUCGAUGGCCCAACAAUAUUGCAAACUUUGAGGCCUACUCCGGAACUGCCAUGCACUCCAGUCAGUUCAAGUCCGGUCAGCAGUGGCGCGGCAAGCACGCCGUCAUCGUCGGCGCAUGCAACUCGGCACACGAUAUCGCCGCUGAGCUCUACCAGAGCGGGGCGGCGGAGGUGACGAUGGUCCAACGUUCCAGGACUUUUGUUAUGUCAAGCAAACAUGGGAUACCAGCUCUAAUGGAAGGCUUGUAUGAGGAGGGAGGUAUAGCGACCGAAGACGCGGACCGAAUCUUUACCAGUUUACCGAUCAAUCUCCUCGAGAAAACACACAUCAAGCUGCAAGAAAAGAUAGCCAAACUCGACCGGGAUCUCCUCCAGAGCCUUGAAAACGUUGGGUUCAAGUUAGACCCUUAUCCAGCGGGCAUGCUUAUCAAAUAUUUCAGGCGGGGUGGGGGAUACUAUAUUGAUGUGGGAUGUUCAGAGCUGAUUGCCUCGAAAAGGAUCAAACUGAAGCAGGGAAAAGAGGUAGCUAGUUUGACUGAACACGGCCUACAGUUUGAAGAUGGAGAAGAGAUCGAUGCCGAUCUCAUUGUAUUCGCUACGGGAUACCAAUCGAUACGAAAGACCAUAGCAAAAAUGAUCAGUCACCAGGUGGCCAACCGACUGGGUCCGGUGUGGGGAAAAGAUAACCAGGGCGAGAUCCCGGGUACAUGGAGGCUUUUUGGCCAGCCAGGCCUGUGGCUAAUGUGUGGAAACUUCUUCCAAGCUCGAUGUUUCUCGAAACAUCUUGCCACUCAGAUCCUACUCCAAGAGCUCCAGAUAUACGAGAAAAAUUGGCCAGGAAGAGCCCAGGACAAGUUACCAGUAGAUCCGCAAGAUUAG